AUGAAAUUGUUUCUCCUUUUAUUGAUUUCUUUUGUCACCAUUGAUGCUGCAAUCCAAGUUUCGAGAGUAAAAGAAAUUGCGAAUGAAUUGAUGUAUGAUGUUAUUGAUGGAAUUAAGAAAGAUGAUUUUGACAAAUAUUUCGAAACUGAUACUUUCACAUACAAAUGUUGCAAAUCUCCUUCAAUUAAUUAUCAAAAAGUUAAACAAUUGAUUUUGGAAAAUUCAAAACAAAAUAAAUUUGUUGGAUUGAAAUGGAAAAUUGAAAAUGCAAAAAUGAUCAAUUCAAAUCGAAUCAAUUUUGAUGUUAAAUUUGAGAAAAACAACAAGGAAAUUAAGAAUAUUAAUUUUAUUGCAAUUCGAGAUGGAAAUGGAUAUUUAUUGGCACGCGGAAGACAAAUCAAAUGUUGA